ACCAAGAAAGUAAACCACUCUUCAAUUCAUCUAUUAUAAUCCCUCUUGAGCUAGCUAGCUUGCUUACUGAGUUCUUGAGAGAUGGAUUCGAAGGGCUCUAAGGUUUUCGCUCUCUUUCUUGCAAUCAACAUUUUGUUCUUCACCGCAGUGAGUGCCUGUAGCACUUGCCCGACCCCUAACCCUAACCCUAACCCUAACCCUAAUCCAAACCCUACCCCUUCACCGUCUUCUGGUGGGAAGUGCCCUAAGGAUGCCCUAAAGUUGGGUGUUUGUGCCAACCUUCUUAAUGGCUUGCUCAACGUCACUGUCGGCACGCCUCCCAAGACUCCAUGCUGCUCACUCAUCCAGGGUCUCGCCGAUCUCGAGGCUGCCGUUUGCCUUUGCACUGCCAUCAAGGCAAACAUCCUUGGCAUUAACCUUAAUGUCCCUCUCUCCCUAAGCUUGCUGCUCAAUGUUUGCACCAAGGACACACCAAAAGGCUUUACCUGCCCUUAAGUUAAUUGAUUCUUAUAUGAAUUCAAUGUUUAUUUUGAGGUUGUUUUUGCUUAUUUAGUUUGCAUGUAAGAUUUAGUUCGAGCAUGCAUAUAUGUCUUAAUUUAAUUUGUUGUUAUUGUUGUUGUUUGAAGCUAAGUGUUCAAUGUAGUAUGUUAUGCUGGUUUUUUUAAUGAUUCCAAGAUGUUUGGUAUCUACUCUCAUUGGAGGUUUGUGUCUUGUACACAGUUAUUAGCAAGAAGAUAUCCAUAUUUUUU